AUGGCUAGCUCCGCCCUCGCCGGCCUCCUGCGGGGCACCGCUCCGCUCGUCCGCGCCCUGUCCCCCACGCGCGCGCGGCCCCUGCCCGGGGUGAGCAUCUCCCAAGCCGCGUUCGGCAGGACCGAGUCCCCGGGGAACGCCUCCCGGUUGGUUCGCCGCUUCGCGACCGCGGCCGCGGCCGACCAGGGGCGCGGCUCCAGGCGCGCUGGCGACGCCAGCGGCGCUUCAGCUGUCGGUGACGCUGGUGAUGCUGGUGGCCUGUCUGACGUGGCAGUCAGUGGCGACAGGGGUACCGGUUCCGAUGUGGCAAGGAGGGACCGGGACAGAGGCCAGGGGUAUGGACUCACGAGGGGAGGAGGGGGGAGGGGAGGGAGGGGCGGUGCCCUCAGCCCGUUCUCAUUUGACCUGGGCCCGCUCUUCUCCGCGCGCGGCGACCGCGACCUGCUCAACAUGAUGGACGACUUCUUCCUCACCCCCAGCCGCUUCUUCGACCAGGCGCUGCGCGACAUCUUCCAGUCGCUGCCCGUGCAGCCGCCGCGCCUCGACAUCAACGAGAGCGACAAGGAGUACACCAUCAAGAUGCAACUCCCCGGGCUGCAGAAGGACGAGGUGAACAUCACGGUGGACCCGGACGACCCCAACCAGCCGACGCUGCGCAUCACCGCCCACCACGAGGCGAAGGAGGGCGAGGACCAGCGCUUCUGGGAGGACGUCGACACGCGCCUGCGGCUGCCGGACGGCACCAACCCGGAGGACGUGCGGGCCGAGUUCAAGGACGGCACGCUGACCAUCCACGUGCCAAAAGAAGAGGCACCGGAGAACCCGGAGCCGAAGAGGAUCCCCGUCCACGGUUAA